AUUAACUCACUUUCUUUUUUCUCUUCUUACAAAAAAAAAAAGAAAUUAAUUUGAUAUAAAUAAUAAUAAACAGGUUUGGGAUAUAAUAUGGUCCCCUUCUCUUCUUACAAUGUAUAUUCUCUCUUGUAUAAAGCUUACAAGAGCUUGGUAACUUCUGCUUAGCUGUUCUUGUCUAGCUGGGUUUUUUUUGGGGUUGUGCUCUUUUCUUUUCAUUUUUUUGUCUUUUUCAUUACUUUGUAGUUUGAAUUUGGUGUUGCAGAUAAGAUUAUUUGAGGGGGAUUCUGGGUUUUUAGUGGUUUUGGCCAAGGGAUCUGUUGUACAUCUGUGGGAUUUUAGGUUACUUUCUGGAAAAAAGAAAGAGAAACGUAUUGUGAGCUUACUAAAUGUAGAGUAAGGAGGAGGCAGCUCAAGUGUUUGUUAAAAUGUCUAACUGAAAUUUGAUCUGUUUCUCGUUUCUGGGUAUCAAAGGAAGUUUCUCUGUGCAUUAGGGUUUUGAUUUUGUUGGAGGGAUUUCUUUUUUUUUUAGGGGUUUGAAGGCUUAACUCACUAGUUACUUUGGUGGGCUUGUUGAAUUCUGGUGAGAGAAACAAUGGCUUGCAUGAAGCUGGGAUCCAAAUCUGAUGCUUUCCAGAGACAAGGCCAGGCUUGGUUUUGCACAACUGGGCUUCCAAGUGAUAUUAUCGUUGAAGUUGGAGAGAUGUCUUUUCAUCUCCACAAGUUUCCAUUGCUCUCUAGAAGUGGAGUCAUGGAAAGAAGGAUUGCAGAGGCGUCAAAAGAAGGGGAUGAUAAAUGUCUCAUUGAAAUUUCUGAUCUUCCUGGCGGAGACAAAACGUUUGAACUAGUUGCCAAGUUCUGCUACGGUGUGAAGCUCGAACUCACUGCCUCUAACGUUGUAUAUCUCAGAUGUGCUGCUGAGCAUCUCGAGAUGACGGAAGAGUAUGGGGAAGGAAAUCUUAUUUCUCAAACUGAAACUUUUUUCAAUCAAGUAGUUCUCAAAAGCUGGAAAGAUUCAAUAAAGGCGCUUCAUAGCUGCGAUGAAGUCCUCGAGUAUGCUGAUGAAUUGAAUAUUACCAAGAAAUGUAUCGAGUCACUAGCAAUGAGAGCAUCGACAGACCCAAACUUGUUUGGAUGGCCUGUUGUGGAGCAUGGUGGGCCAAUGCAGAGUCCAGGUGGCAGUGUUUUAUGGAAUGGGAUAAGCACCGGGGCCAGACCUAAACAUACUAGUUCAGAUUGGUGGUACGAGGAUGCAUCGAUGCUUAGCUUUCCUCUUUUCAAGAGACUUAUCACAGUCAUGGAUUCCCGAGGCAUAAGAGAAGAUAUCAUUGCCGGUUCCUUAACCUAUUACACAAGAAAAUAUUUGCCUGGCUUAAAAAGGCGACGCGGUGGAGCUGAAUCUAGUGGUCGAUUCAGUACUCCUUUGGCCUCAGGAACUGUACUCUCCGAGGAAGAGCAGAAGAACUUGCUUGAAGAGAUCCAGGAGCUUCUCCGUAUGCAAAAAGGUUUAGUUCCAACCAAAUUUUUCGUGGACAUGCUUCGAAUUGCUAAGAUUUUGAAAGCUAGUCCGGAUUGCAUAGCAAAUUUGGAGAAAAGGAUAGGUAUGCAGCUUGACCAAGCUGCGUUGGAAGAUCUUGUAAUGCCUAGCUUUUCUCAUACUAUGGAGACUCUACUGUUCCUGAAUACGCCAGGCUCUUAGAUGACGGACUCUAUCGUGCAAUAGACAUUUAUCUAAAGCAUCAUCCAUGGUUAGCAGAAACCGAAAGAGAGAAUCUGUGCAGGUUGUUGGAUUGCCAGAAACUCUCUUUAGAAGCUUGCACACACGCAGCACAGAACGAGAGAUUACCGCUGAGAAUAAUUGUUCAAGUGCUCUUCUUUGAGCAGCUUCAGCUCAGAACCUCUGUAGCUGGAUGCUUCCUGGUUUCAGACAACCUCGAUGGCGGAUCAAGACAGUUAAGAAGCGGAGGAUUUGUAGGAGGAUCAACUGAAGGAGGAGGAGGAGGAUGGGCAACCGCAGUGAGAGAGAAUCAAGUCCUGAAAGUUGGAAUGGACAGUAUGAGAAUGCGGGUUUGCGAGUUAGAGAAAGAAUGUUCAAACAUGAGACAAGAGAUUGAGAAACUCGGCAAAACGACGAAAGGAGGUGGUUCCGCAAACGGUGGAGGCGGUGGCGGCAAAACAUGGGAAAACGUUUCUAAGAAACUCGGGUUUGGUUUUAAGCUGAAGUCACAUCAAAUGUGCAGUGCUCAAGAAGGAUCUGUGUCUAAGUCUAACAACGAGAAUGUGAAGAUAGAGAAGCUAAAGGAUGUUAAAGAACGUCGUGGGAAGCAUAAGAAAGCUUCGAGCAUUAGUUCUGAGAGGUGAAAAUGAUAAAAAUUCCACGGCAUAAAUGUGUCCCAGUUACUGUGUCCUGAACAUUUGGUUAGCUAAAGAAAAAGAAGAGAGCUUCCAUUUUUAAAUGUGUGCAUUGUAGGCUUUGUA